AUCACUCAUUGUUUGAUCGUACAAGAAAAACAAUAUGUUCUCCAAAAUCGUAGCUCUCUGUGGUUUGGUGGCGGUGUGCCAGGCAGGUCUGCUGCCCGCCCCCGUGCACUACUCCUCCGCCGCCGCUGUCUCCUCGCAGAACAUCGUGCGUCACGACCAGCCUGCCCAGCACGUGGCCGUCGCCGCCGUCGCCUACCAUGCUGCUCCCGCCGUCGCCUACCACGCUGCCGCCGCUGUGUCCUCCCAGAACAUCGUGCGUCACGACCAGCCCGCCGUACACGCCGCCCCCGUAGCCUACCACGCCGCCCCCGCCCACGUCGCCUACCACGCAGCCCCCGCUGUCGCUUACCACGCCGCCCCUACCGUCUCCUACCACGCCACUCCCGUCGUUGCCCAUGAAGAGUUUGACGCUCACCCCAAAUACGAGUACAACUACUCUGUUGCUGACGGUCACACCGGUGACAACAAGUCCCAGCAGGAGGUCCGCGACGGAGAUGUUGUGAAGGGCUCUUACUCCUUCCACGAAGCUGACGGCUCCAUCAGGACCGUGGAGUACUCCGCUGACGACCACCACGGUUUCAACGCUGUGGUGCACAACACCGCCCCUACCGCCGCCCCUGUGCUCGUGAAGGCCGCUCCCGCCUACGUCGCACCCGCCCACUACUACCACCACUGGUCGGUGGCUGCUGCCCCUGUCCCCUCUCCUCGCCGCUGUCCUUCAGCCGUGCCGCCCGUCGCCUACCACGCCGCCCCCGCCCACGUCGCCUACCACGCCGCCCCCGCUGUCGCUUACCACGCCGCCCCUACCGUCUCCUACCACGCCGCUCCCGUCGUUGCCCAUGAAGAGUUUGACGCUCACCCCAAAUACGAGUACAACUACUCUGUUGCUGACGGUCACACCGGUGACAACAAGUCCCAGCAGGAGGUCCGCGACGGAGAUGUUGUGAAGGGCUCUUACUCCUUCCACGAAGCUGACGGCUCCAUCAGGACCGUGGAGUACUCCGCUGACGACCACCACGGUUUCAACGCUGUGGUACACAACACCGCCCCUACCGCCGCCCCUGUGCUCGUGAAGGCCGCUCCCGCCUACGUCGCGCCCGCCCACUACUACCACCAUUAUUUUUGCCUUUGCGGGAUUGUAGCAGCCAAGCCAGGCAGCGUUCCUCUGCACUACGCUUCGAGUGCCGCGGUUUCCUCACAGAACAUCGUACGACAGGACCAGUCUACGCAACACGUAGCCGUCGCCGCUCCCUUGGCCUACCAGUCCGCUCCCAUUACCUUCCAAGCUGCUCCUACUCGUUAUUCUUCUGCAGCAGCUGUCUCCUCUCAGAAUAUUGUGCGUCAAGAUCAGCCUAUUCAACAAAUAACUGUUGCUACUCCCAUCGCCUACGCCGCGAUUCCUACCUCUGCCACCUAUAACGCUGCUCCUGUCGGUUACUACGUCGCUGCUCCCGUCGCAUACCAUGCAGCCCCUGUAAUCGUUCGGACUGAAGAAGUCAAUGCUCACCCUCAGUACGAGUACAACUACUCAGUAGCUGACGGGCACACCGGUGACAACAAGUCCCAGCAGGAGUCCCGCGACGGCGACGUCGUGCGCGGCUCGUACUCCUCCCACGAGGCCGACGGCUCCGUCAGGACCGUGCAGUACUCCGCGGACGACCACAGCGGCUUCAACGCGGUGGUGCACAACUCGGCGCCCACAGCCGCGCCUGCCACUCCGCGCCCGCUCACUACUACCACCACUGAAGCAUCUCACUAG